AUGACGAAAAUAUGUUGGAGCGGCGCUGUUAGCAGCCGCUUCAAGCUAACAACUCUUAUCAAUCGCCGUUUGAUUCUUGCUUUGGUAGCUGUAUUGUGUGUGGCGUGUUUAAUUGAUACAACAAGUGGCCAGCAUGCUGGACGCCGUGAUAGACCCCGUAAUCCACCACGACAAUACAUAAAAACACAUCCCUGCGAAAGAUCGUCGUGUUAUCCGGCCACGGGUAAUUUACUCAUUGGUCGUGAACAUCGUCUGUCAGCCUCAUCAACAUGUGGUCUAAAUUCACCCGAACGUUUCUGUAUCCUCUCUCACUUGCAGGAUAAGAAAUGUUUCCUUUGCGACACAAGGGAGGAGACACGAAAUGACCCCUUCAAGAAUCAUCGUAUUGGCCAGAUUAUUUACAAAACCAAACCUGGCACAUCCACACCCACUUGGUGGCAGUCGGAAAAUGGUCGCGAAGAUGUGUCGAUCCAAUUGGAUUUGGAGGCUGAAUUCCAUUUCACCCAUUUAAUUAUGUCCUUUACCACUUUCCGGCCGGCGGCUAUGUUUAUCGAGCGCUCAUUUGAUUUUGGUCAGACGUGGCAUGUUUAUCGCUAUUUCGCCUACGAUUGUGCCGAUUCAUUUCCGGGUGUACCAACGGUGUUGCGCAACAUUACUGAUGUGGUUUGUACAUCGCGUUAUUCGAAUGUGGAACCUUCCCGUAAUGGUGAAGUUAUUUUCCGUGUGUUGCCACCAAACAUUAAUGUUUCCGAUCCCUACGCUCCCCACGUCCAGAAUAUGUUGAAGGUAACCAAUUUACGUGUGGUGUUCAAGAAACUUCACAAGCUGGGUGACAACUUGCUGGACAAUCGUCUGGAAAAUGAGGAGAAAUACUAUUAUGGUAUCAAUAAUAUGGUAGUGAGAGGUUCUUGCUCGUGUUAUGGUCACGCCUCCCAAUGUCUGCCUUUGGAUGGUUCUGAUACCAGUGAACCGGACAUGGUGCAUGGUCGCUGUCAAUGUACCCACAAUACGAAGGGUUUGAAUUGUGAAACCUGCGAGGACUUCUUCAACGAUUUCCCUUGGAAACCGGCCUUCGGCAAGCAGACAAAUGCCUGUAAGAAAUGCGAAUGUCACGACCAUGCUGUUAGCUGUCACUUCGACGAGGCAGUGUUCGAAGCAUCUGGCCGUGUUUCGGGAGGUGUGUGCGAUAAUUGUAUGCACAACACCCAGGGUCAACAUUGUGAGGAGUGUAUGCCAUUCUUCUAUCGCGAUCCCAAUGAAGAUAUACGCAGCCCCUAUGUGUGUAAGCCGUGUGAAUGUGACCCCGUCGGUUCAUUGGAUGAGGGUAUUUGCGACUCACCCGAUCCUGAUACACCCGAUGUGGAAGCUGGUUCUUGCCAUUGCAAAACCAAUGUCAAGGGUAGACGUUGUGACACCUGUAAAGAUGGUUUCUGGAAUUUGAUUUCCGAAAAUCCCGAUGGCUGUGAACCGUGCAGCUGCAACACCUUGGGUACAGUAGACAAUUCCGGAUGUGACAUGUAUACCGGUGAAUGUAAAUGUAAACGCUUGGUCACCGGCAAAGAUUGUAAUCAAUGUGCUGCCCAAACAUAUGGACUGUCGGAAUCCGAAGAUGGUUGCACACCUUGUGGCUGUGAUGCCGGUGGUUCCUAUGACAAUUUCUGUGAUGUCAUUACCGGUCAGUGUCGCUGCCGCCCACACAUGACGGGUCGUACAUGUUCUCAACCCAAACAAAACUAUUUCAUACCACAAUUGCACAUCACCCACGAAGCUGAAAAUUACCAACACUGCGUUUCCUAUUCCAGUGGUAACGGCAAUUGCUCAGUCAUACCCUAUCCCCAGACACCGGAUCGCCAACCCGAAUGGACUGGCAUUGGUUAUAUUCGCGUACCAGAGAAUUCCGAAUUGACUAUAACUGUGAUGGACAUACCCCGUUCGAUGCCAUACGAUGUGGUCAUACGUUAUCAGUCCACAUCACGUGGCGACUGGGAAGAUGCCUACAUAACAUUGGUGCGUCCUGAUGAAAUUGAUCCGGAGGGAGAUUGCGCUGAUCUUGUACCACCAGGCUCUAGUGUUUAUGAAUCGCAUGUGCCGUUUGUUUUGCCCGAUCGCGAACGCCAAGUUAUUGCCUUACGCGAAGUAUGCCUCGAAGCAGGAAAAAUGUAUAAAUUCAAAAUACACUUUGAACGAAGACGCCACAAUGAAGAUAACCCCACCUCGACUAUUUUGAUUGAUUCAUUGACUCUGAUACCGAGAAUCGAGUUGACCAGCAUUUUCCGUGGUUCUCCUGAGGCCGAUUCUCGCCGUAUUCUAUACUAUCAAAUGGGUUGUAAUCAAUCAUUGUACGACAUCCGUUACAGCAGUUUUGCUGAUGAACGUUGCAAGGAGUUGGAGGACUAUGUGAGCACGGUGAUUUACGAUGGUGCCAGCAUGUGUAAUUGUAACCCCACCGGUUCUCUGAGUAAGGAAUGUGAUCCCCAUGGUGGCUACUGUCAAUGUAAACCGAAUGUUGUGGGACGCCAGUGUGACCAAUGUGCUCCUGGCACCUAUGGUUUCGGCCCCGAAGGCUGCAAGGCUUGUGAUUGUAACAGUAUCGGAGCCAAGGACAAUAAUUGCGAUGUACUGACGGGUCAAUGUUCCUGCCACCCUAAUACCUAUGGGCGUGAGUGUGAUCAGUGUCAGCCCGGUUUCUGGAACUUCCCCAACUGCCAAGCCUGCGAAUGUAAUGGUCAUGCCCAACAAUGUGAUGCCCGCACUGGUCAGUGUUUGAAUUGUGCUGACUACACCACUGGUUAUGGUUGUGAUUCCUGUUUGGAUGGUUACUAUGGAAAUCCCUUCUUGGGCAGUGAAAUUGGUUGUCGUGCCUGUCGUUGUCCCGACACCAUUGCCAGUGGCAAUGCCCACGCUGACGGCUGUUCCUUGGACGUACGCGAUAACAACAUGAUCUGUCACUGUCAGGAGGGUUAUGAUGGACCACGUUGUGACAUUUGUGCCGAUAAUUACUUUGGUGAUCCCGAGGUACCCGGUGGCUCUUGCCAGAAAUGUGAUUGUGGCAACAACAUUGACAUUUACGACACCGGCAACUGUGACCGCCGCACUGGCAAAUGUCUGAAAUGUUUGUACGACACAACCGGUGAUCAUUGUGAGUUGUGUCGCGAUGGCUACUUCGGCAAUGCCUUAGAACAAAAUUGUGUGCCAUGUGAUUGUGAUUUCUUGGGUACCAACAGCACCGUCCAGUUCUGUGAUCGUGUAAGCGGCCAAUGUCCUUGCCUGCCCAAUGUGGUUGGUGUACGUUGCGAUGAGUGUGCUCCCAAUCAUUGGAAGAUUGCCUCUGGUGAGGGUUGUGAGGCAUGUGAAUGUGACCCAAUUGGAUCUUUGUCGGAACAAUGUAACCGCUAUGAUGGCCAAUGUGAAUGUAAGGAAGGCUUCGGUGGCCGUGCCUGUAACCAAUGUCAAGCCAAUUACUAUGGUAAUCCCAACAAAGAGUGCCAUCCUUGCGACUGUGAUCCCUAUGGUUCAGCUGAUUUCCAAUGUGAUCGGGAGACGGGACAAUGUGUUUGUCACGAGGGCAUUGGUGGCCAUAAGUGCAAUGAAUGUGCCCGUGGCUAUUUGGGAGAAUCACCACACUGCAUGCCUUGUGGAGAGUGUUUCAACAAUUGGGAUUUGAUUUUGAAGGAAUUGGAAGAGGCCACAAGCGAGACCAUUCGUCGGGCCAGUGAAAUUAAACUGAUUGGUGCCACCGGUGCCUACACCUCUGAGUUCAACACCUUGGACAAGAAAUUACAACAUAUCCGCGAUCUUUUACAAAACACCUCCGUCAGUUUGAAGGAUAUUGACAGCUUGGACAAGGAAGUUGCGGAAAUGAAACUCAAAUUGGGUAAUGCCCACCAGAAGCUGUUGGACACUGAAAACAAUCUAGAAGAUAUUUAUUCGUCCUUGAGUUUGUCAGCCGUGGAGGUAGAGGCUUUACAAACUCAGUCUGAAUUGGUAAAGAAACUGUCCAAGGAAUUGAAGGAACAUGGCAUACAAUUGCAGGAAUCCAAUAUAGAAGGUGCCCUCAAUUUGACACGGACUGCCUAUGAAAAAGUACAAGAUUUGUCGGAGGUUAAGAAGAAGGCCGAAGAACUUGCCUCGAACACUGAUCGCAACUGCAAGCGUGUCGAGACACUGGCCAACAAAAUGAAAGAAGAAUCCUCGGCAGUGGAGACCAGUGAUGAACUCAUCGAACAAUAUCGUGAAGAAUUGUCCAGCCUAACAGCCAUGAUACCAGAAUUGAACAACGAUGUAUGUGAUCGUAUGGGUGAUCCGUGCGACAAUAUUUGUGGCGGUGCCGGUUGUGGUUCGUGCGGUGGUUUGUCAUGCGAACGUGGCGCCUUGACACGUACCGAAAAGGCACUGAAGGUUGCCAAGGACACGGAACAAGAAAUCAAGGAGAAGAAAGACCAAGCUGAUCAGACCAUACGUUCCCUAUUCCAGGCUAAGGUAAAUGCCUCAGAAGCCUACCAAAAAUCAAAAUCUGCUCACGAAGAUGCCGAACGUUAUUUGAACCGCACCCUUUUAAACAUCAAACGUGGUGAGGAGAUGAUUGAAAAUCUUAACGAAUUCAUGUCCAACGAAACUGCCUUGCCUGGUGAAUCGAAGGACUUGGCACAACAAACUUUGACAUUGGAUUUGACACUGGAUCCCAACGAGAUUCAGACACUGGGCGGCAAAAUCAAUGAUGCCGUUUCUUCGUUGAAAAAUGUGGAGGCAAUUAUUUACAGUACCCGCGAAGAUUUGCAACGUGUCAAUGAACUGCAAGCCAUUGCCAAUAAUACCAAGGAAUUGGCCAAUAAUAUUCUGCAAACUGCCAAUACCGUGGUGGAAAAUCUCAACGAUGCCGAUGAGGCACAGAGCAAGGCGGGCGAUGCCAUUACCCAAGCCAAGAGUAAUAUUGAAUUGGCUGCCCAAGAUCUUGACCAAAUCGAUAAUGAAACGGGAGAAGCAGAGGCGCCAGCCAAUGCCACGGUACAACAUGUCGAAGAGCUAGCCAAAAAGGUGGCACGCCUGCAAAAGAACAUCCUGAAAAAUGAACUCGAUGCCAAGGAUGUGAAAAACGAAGCGGACAAGGUGAAAGAAUCGGCAAAGAGCGCUCGAGAAGAUGCCCGCAAAUUGCAGAAUGCCUCGAAUGUUGCCAAUCAAACGCUCACCGAUCGUGCUGUACGUUCAGAAAAUGCACGUGAUCGUGCCAAGAAGCUGCUGCAGAGAGCCUCUAAACUGACGGUGGAAACUAAGGAACAAUUGCGUGAAUUGAAACUCAUGCAAGAUUCGUACAAAGAAAAGAGUGAUCAACUGCUGAAGCUGCAAGAGGGUCUAAUACCAUUGCAAGAUGAGCUAGCGCAUCAUUUCAAAAAUAUUAAGGCCAAUGCAGAGCGUUAUAUACAAUGUUAA